ACGUAGAAGAAAAAAAGGGCAGGUGUAGCGAUCCGACAGACGCUUCUCUCACUCUGAACGCAGGGGCAGACCGCUAACGUUAGCGAGCCGCAACCCUCAUCCAUCCCCGGCCUGAAACGAGUCGGCGAUUAGGCUGCAGUAUCCACCGGGACAUUUGGGCUUAUGGUUUUUAAUACUCUCGGGAGGCUGCUGUUUAAUUCCAGGCGUCCGUGGUCAUAGUAGGAGAAACACGCAGGCCACGCUAACUGUCUACUGGGUGGAGGAGGCGGUCACACCUGGACGGCUUCAGAUUGAGUUUUUGGCUCCGGUUUGUGUUCUUGUUUCAUCAUUGCGCAGACACAUUGAUCAGAAUGAGGCGUGUAUGAUGACUGCAAGGCUAUGGCCAGCGAACCCCUCGAAGGCUUCCAUGAAGUGAACCUGGCUUCUCCCACGACCCCUGACCUGCACGGCCUCGGGGAGCCCCGCACGCCAAAGCACAGUGCCCUGCCCAGCGCCUUGUACCGCACGCCCUCCCUCAACUCCAGCCCCUGCCCGCCCAACGCCCUGCGGGCAGACCAGCUGCCCACCCAGCCGGUCUACUCCGCCCCCAGACACCUGGGCAGCGAGGAGCCUCACAAUGGCAGCGUCCCAGGGUUGGAUAUCCAGACUUCAGCCUCUGGCCCCGCCUCCGCCACAGGCUCUGCCCGGCUGGAGGCGGAGUCCGCCGAGGGUGUGGUCCUAAGCAGCGAGGAGGGGGAGGACCCCCUGACCCUGAGCACCGAUAGCCUGUCCCACCUCAGGAGCCCCUCAGUGAUGGAAGUAAGAGAAAAAGGGUAUGAGAGGUUGAAGGAGGAGCUUGCCAAAGCGCAGAGGGAACUUAAGUUAAAAGACGAAGAAUGUGAAAGGCUAUCUAAAGUAAGGGACCAGCUCGGGCAAGAACUGGAAGAACUCACAGCUAGCCUGUUCGAGGAGGCCCACAAGAUGGUGCGCGAGGCGAACGUGAAGCAGGCGACCGCCGAGAAGCAGCUGAAGGAAGCCCUGGGGAAGAUUGACGUGCUCCAGGCGGAGGUGGCGGCUCUGAAGACCCUGGUGCUGUCCACCUCCCCCACCUCGCCCUGCAAGGACAUGCCUCCGGGCCCCAAGGCCCCCUUCAAGAAGGGCCACGCCCGUAACAAGAGCACCAGCAGUGCCACGCUGGGCAGCCAGCAGGAGUUCAGCGUCACCCAGCCCAUCGUCCGCGACUGCAAAGAGGUGGACGCGCUGCUCUUCAGUGAGUUUAAGGCCUGGAGGGAGGAUCCCACUCUGGAGAGGAGCUGCUCCUUCCUGGAGCGAAUCUACAGAGAGGACAUCUAUCCCUGCCUCACCUUCUCCAAGAGCGAGCUGGCUUCAGCCAUCCUGGAGGCAGUGGAGAGGAACACUUUGAGCGUGGAGCCAGUGGGCUUCCAGCCGCUGCCCGUGGUCAAAGCCUCAGCUGUUGAGUGCGGGGGACCAAAUGGCCGAAGGUCUGAGAUAGUCACAAAGUGCGCUCUCAGCGGCCAGACCAAAACCUGUAAGCACAGAAUCAAAUUCGGAGACUCCAGCAACUACUACUACGUGUCUCCCUUCUGCCGGUACCGGAUCACCUCUGUCUGCAACUUCUUCACUUACAUCCGCUACAUCCACCAAGGGCUGGUCAAGCAGCAGGAUGCGGAGCAGAUGUUCUGGGAGGUGAUGCAGCUGCGGAAGGAGAUGUCGUACGCAAAGCUGGGGUACUACAGGGACGAGCUGUGAGCGGACGGGAGGCGUGUCUCCAGCUCCCAUUGGACAAGGAACCUAGACGGACAGGGCAUCACUCCGGCCACCCCGACCCGCCAGCCAGGCUGGCUCCUUAUGCAGGCCCCGCCCCCCAGCCCUCCUCCCGUGCAUCUCAUUAUGCAGGACGCACCCACCUUUCCGCCUCAAUUUAUUCUGACUGCAAACUGAAGUGCACACUGGGCUGUUUCCGGGUACCCUAAAAUAUACAUUUCCACAAAUAUUUAAAAAGAGGAUUUAAUAUGAACUUGCUGCUGAAUUUGUUUUUUUGAUUUAGUUAUGAGCAAGAGAGGGUGAAUGAGUUCUUUAAAAAAAAAAAAAAAGUUUGAUCCUGUUUGCGUUUGUAUUGUUUUUGGAAAAAAAAAAAAUUUGUCAAGAAAUGGUACAUCUGAAGGAGAAGUAGGAUCUGUUGUGAUUUUAGACCACACCAAUAAUGUGUCCCUGGCUCUUUAGUUCUUAACCUUAACUGUAGUUAGCACUAUGUGGCAGUAAAAUUGUAUGUGUAGGUAUGAUCUGUGCUGUAUGUAUGUUUGAUUUCUGUACAUUCAUGUUUUCAUUUCUGCACUCCAAUCUUAUAAAGCUUCCCUCACUUUAUUUUAGUGCCUUUCUGGAACAAACUGAAUAAAAUUGGAUACCUCUGGAAUGCAUGUGUAGUGAAGUGUGUGUAAAGCUGCUUCCUUUGAGCAUGCUUCACAA